CGUGUCCAUCUCUCUAUCGUCGGUCUAGUAAUUUAUCUGGAAUCUGGCUUCAUCGGCGCGGGGCGGUGCGGGAUAUGGUCGAUCUUGUCGGCGGUUGGGUCGAGAUUGCCGAGGACCGUUUGGUAGAUCGUAUUUCACGCAAUUACGAAUCGCAAUCAGGGGGGAUCGGUCGAGAUCGCCGCUAGUUUGACGUCGCGUGGCAUCGAGGGUCGUGGAGGGCUGGUGGACUGGUUCGGUUGGUGCACCACGCGCCACCGACAACGCAGGCCAGCGCGUACGUGUUGGGGCGAACGUGCGAGGUGUGCGUAAAGGCUGGUCUACAAUACAUGAACUUCCUUACACCAAAAGCUAGAAGUUAGGGCUCUCCCUUACUCCUUACUCCACGCUUACUCCACGUAUUGUAGACCACGCAUAAUAGGCGGUAGGUGAUUAUCGACGCGGAUUAACGCGAGUUUACGCGCCCGUUGCUCGCCGACGCGCCAGUCGCGGGGCAUUUCGUCCGGAGAUAUGCAGAAGAUGGGCAAACUCAACUCGUCGAUCGAUAUCAUCCCGCUGCAAGGAUCGAGUGGAGAUUUCAGAUCGAGGCAGGUGGAGAAUAAGCACAGGAUGGAGCAGAGAUCGUUCCGGGACCAGUCGUUGAUCGGCCGCGUGCAAACGUACAUGCAUGAGAAUGAAAACAAGGUUUAUAUCGAUGUUAACGAGAUGGCAGAUUCAUUGCAGAGGCGAUACAGGGACUAUCGUGCUAAGAAACGCGGUGCAUUCCGCGCGAUGGUACGGAAGGCGUACGACGAGCUUACCGAGAUAUUUUCCAAGAAGCCAGUCGUACGUCAGUGUACGUCCACCUACGACGACGACGACGACGACGACGACGAUGAUUUUGAGGACGUCGAUGUCGAGGUAUUUCGAUUGUCACAUUCGGCAUUAUCGAGGGGGGAAACUGCAUUGCGGUGUACAGAUUUGCGGAAUUACUGGGCAAUUCUAGGCAGUUUUGGGGCAUUUGGCAUUGCUGGGACAUUAUAA